UGUGGAUGAUGAAAGGCUCUCUGCAGAGGAGAUGGAUGAGAGGCGGCGGCAGAACAUCGCUUAUGAAUAUUUGUGCCACCUAGAGGAAGCCAAAAGAUGCUGCCAACAUGAGCCAGUCCCAGUGCAGCCACCACGAAGCUCCACUCCCUGCUCCCCAGGGCAGCUUGCCUCUGUGUUCUGGAUUCUACGGGCAGGAGUCCGACACCUGCUCUCAAGGACUCCUGUGAAACUCCCCAACUGGUCUCACCAAAAACCCUCCUCUGAGGCAAGAAGGUGGAUGGAAGUCUGUUUAGUUGAAGAAUUGCCACCAACCACUGAGCUGGAGGAAGGGCUCCGGAACGGAGUUUACCUGGCAAAGUUAGCCAAGUUCUUUGCCCCCAAAAUGGUAUCGGAGAAAAAGAUCUAUGAUGUGGAACAAACACGCUAUAAGAAAAGGCCCGCACAUUUUCGACACACAGAUAAUACUGUCCAGUGGUUAAGAGCCAUGGAGUCUAUUGGUCUACCCAAGAUAUUUUAUCCAGAAACAACAGAUGUCUAUGACCGGAAAAACAUACCAAGAAUGAUCUAUUGUAUUCACGCACUAAGUUUAUAUCUGUUCAAACUAGGAAUAGCACCCCAGAUCCAGGACUUGUUGGGCAAAGUGGACUUCACAGAGGAGGAAAUCAGUAAUAUGAGAAAGGAACUCGAGAAAUAUGGAAUACAGAUGCCAUCUUUCAGCAAAAUAGGGGGUAUUCUGGCUAAUGAACUGUCUGUGGAUGAAGCUGCAUUGCAUGCUGCUGUUAUCGCUAUAAAUGAAGCUAUUGAAAAAGGAAUAGCAGAGCAGACCAUUAUAACACUAAGAAACCCAAAUGCAGUUUUAACUUUAGUGGAUGAGAACCUUGCACAAGAAUAUCAGAAGGAACUCUGGGCAGCCAAAAAGGGAAAAGAAGAAAAUGCAAAACUGAAGAAUAACUGUAUUUCAGAAGAAGAAAGAGAUGCGUAUGAAGAACUGCUGACACAAGCAGAAAUCCAAGGCAAUAUCAAUAAAGUCAACAGGCUGGCUGCAGUGGACCACAUCAAUGCUGUCAUCCAGGAAGGCGACCCCAAGAGCACGCUGCUCGCACUGGAGAGACCAGAGGCCCAGCUGCCUGCUGUUUAUCCCUUUGCAGCUGCGAUGUAUCAGAACGAACUUUUCAACCUUCAGAAACAGAACGCUAUGAACUACUUGGCUCACGAGGAGCUCUUGAUUGCGGUGGAAAUGCUGUCUGCUGUUGCUUUACUAAACCAGGCCUUGGACAGCAAGGACCUGGUAUCUGUGCAGAAUCAACUUAGAAGCCCAGCAAUAGGCUUCAACAAUCUGGACGAGACGUAUGUUGAACGUUAUGCAGAUGAACUACUCUCCAUUAAGAAACUGCAGUCUGAUAUGGUGCUGGGGGGAGGAGUUGUGGCUGUAGGGUGUAUCAAUGACGCUAUCGAUGAAGGAGAUCCUUUAAAGACACUAGAAACUCUGCAGUUACCUACAGUUAAGAUUAGAGAUGUGGACCCAGAGCAUGCCCAGCACUACCAGGAUGUUUUAUACCACGCCAAAUCACAGAAACUGAAGGACCCUGCUUCUAAAAUUCUUUGGCUGGAUGAGAUACAACACGCAGUCUAUGAGGCCAACAGGGACAAGGAAAAAGCAAAACAAUGGGUUACACUGGUCGUUGAUGUUAAUCAGUGUUUGGAGAAAGAAAAGAAAAGUGAUAUUUUCUCUGUUUUGAAAUCUUCCGUUGGUAAUACAAAUGAUAUAAUCCCCGAAUGUGCUGACAACUACUAUGAUGCCCUUACGAAGGCAAAAGAGCAAAAAUCGAGAAGUGUGUCUAGUGAAGGUCCAUGGCUCAAACUUACCCUGCAGGAGAAAUAUGAUUACUACUACAACGUCGACUCAAAAGAGAGUUCCUGGGUCACUCCGAAACCUUGCUUGUGUAAAGAAUCAUGGCUCAUGGAAAAAGAAAUUAAGGACAUUGUUGAGGAAGUCACAACAGGUUACAUUCGUGAGAAGAUGUGGUCUGCUCCCGAGGAUUUCCUCCUUCGCCUUCAACACACACGCUCAGGAGCCCUCCUUAGGAAAGAGUAUGAAGCUAGGAAAUCAUAUUUGUAUGAACAAGAAGAGCAUGUGGUCAAAAUACAGGCUUUUUGGAGGGGACAUAGACAACGGAUGUCAUAUGUCAGCAGGCGGCAGACAUUCGCUGAUCAUCUUCCCUCUAUUGUGAAGAUUCAGUCCUGGUUCCGGAUGACCAGAGCACGGAGGAAUUACCUUUCACGGCUGCAGUAUUUCAGAGAUCAUAAAAGUGAAAUCGUGAAAAUACAGUCACUACUGAGAGCAAGCAAGGCAAGAGAUGACUACAAAACACUGGUUGGCUCCGAAAACCCACCGUUACCGGUAAUCCGCAAAUUUGUGCACCUAUUGGACCAAAGUGACUUGGACUUCCAGGAGGAGCUGGAGGUCGCACGAUUGAGGGGAGAAGUGGUGACCAAGAUCAGGGGCAAUCAGCAGCUGGAGAAAGACCUGAACCUGAUGGACAUCAAGAUUGGGCUCCUGGUGAAAAACAGGAUCACACUGGAGGAUGUAAUUUCACACAGAACGAAGCUGAAUAAGAAAAAAGGUGGAGAAAUGCAAAUACUGAAUAACACUGACAACCAAGGAAUCAAAAGUUUGAGUAAGGAGCGGAGAAAAACACUAGAAACAUAUCAGCAGCUGUUUUAUCUUUUACAGACCAAUCCUUUAUACCUGGCUAAGCUGAUUUUCCAGAUGCCACAGAACAAGUCCACUAAAUUUAUGGAUACUGUUAUUUUCACACUAUACAACUAUGCUUCCAAUCAGCGAGAAGAAUAUCUACUCCUCAAGCUUUUUAAAACCGCUCUGGAAGAAGAAGUAAAAUCAAAGGUGGACCAGGUACAGGACAUCGUUACUGGGAACCCUACAGUCAUCAAGAUGGUCGUCAGCUUCAACAGAGGCGCCCGUGGGCAGAACACGCUGCGCCAGCUCCUGGCUCCAGUGGUGAAGGAGAUCCUGGAUGACAGCUCCCUGGUCAUCAACACGAACCCUGUGGAGGUGUACAAGUCUUGGGUGAACCAACUAGAAACGCAGACUGGAGAAGCCAGCAACCUGCCUUACGAUGUGACCGCAGAACAGGCUCUGACAUACCCCGAAGUGAAAAGUAAACUGGAUGCAUCCAAUGAGAGCCUGCGCAGGGUCACCGACAAAGUCCUGAAUUCCAUCAUUUCCUCCCUUGAUCUACUGCCUUAUGGAUUGAGGUAUAUAGCCAAAGUACUGAAGAAUUCAAUCCAUGAGAAAUUUCCCGAUGCAACAGAAGAUGAGCUAUUAAAGAUUGUUGGGAACCUCCUGUACUAUCGGUACAUGAACCCAGCUAUUGUAGCUCCGGACGGCUUUGAUAUCAUCGACAUGACGGCCGGUGGUCAGAUCAAUUCUGACCAGAGGAGAAACUUGGGAACGGUGGCCAAGGUCCUUCAGCAUGCAGCCUCCAACAAGCUGUUUGAAGGAGAAAAUGAGCAUCUCGCAUCUACAAACAAUUAUUUAUCAGAGACGUAUCAGAAGUUCAGGAAAUAUUUCAAAGAAGCAUGUGAUGUCCCCGAGCCAGAAGAAAAGUUUAAUAUGGAUAAAUACACAGAUGUGGUGACAGUCAGCAAACCCGUCAUUUAUAUUUCAAUUGAAGAAAUCAUCAACACACAUUCACUCCUGUUGGAACACCAGGAUGCGAUAGCACCUGAAAAAAAUGACUUACUGAAUGAACUGUUGGAAUUGCUGGGAGAAGUGCCUACUGUGGAAUCUUUUCUUGGGGAAGGAGCCAUUGAUCCCAAUGACCCUAACAAGGCGAAUACACUAAAUCAGCUCUCAAAGACUGAGAUUUCCCUUUCCUUGACAAGCAAGUACAACUUAGGGGAUGGUGAAGGUAUAGAUGGCCAAAGCCUCAUGAUAAAGACCAAAAAACUGAUCAUUGAUGUGAUCCGGAACCAACCAGGAAACACAUUGACAGAAAUCUUAGAGACACCUGCAACUACACAACAGGAAACAGCUCAUGCCACGGACAUGGAGAGCCGUGCAAUUAAAGAUUCCAAGGCUCCAGAAGAAAUGAAGGAUGGACAGUCUAUGAUGGAAGAUGCACAGCUGCCCCUUGAGCAGAAGAAGAGGAAAAUCCAGAGGAAUCUUCGGACAUUGGAACAGAUGGGACACAUGUCAUCCACAAAUAAAUACCAGGACAUUCUCAAUGAGAUUGCCAAGGAUAUUCGAAAUCAAAGAAUCUAUCGUAAGCUUCGAAAAGCUGAAUUGGCCAAACUGCAGCAGACCUUGAAAGCGCUUAACGAGAAGGCAGCAUUUUAUGAAGAGCAAGUUAAUUAUUAUGACACCUACAUAAAGACUUGCUUAGACAACUUAAAAAUAAAAAAUUCUCGACGGUCGAUUAAAGUGGACGGGAAAGGAGAGCCCAAGGGGAUGAAGAGGGCGAAGCCGGUGAGGUACACGGCGGCGAAGCUGCAUGAGAAGGGCGUGCUGCUGGGCAUCGACGACCUGCAGACCAACCAGUUUAAAAACGUUACAUUUGAUAUCUUAUCCACUGAAGACGUGGGCAUCUUCGAUGUCAAAUCCAAAUUCCUGGGCGUGGAGAUGGAAAAGGUGCAGCUCAAUAUUCAGGAUUUACUUGAGAUGCAAUAUGAAGGAGUAGCUGUAAUGAAAAUGUUUGAUAAGGUUAAAGUGAAUGUAAACCUUCUCAUAUACCUGCAGAACAAGAAAUUCUAUGGAAAGUGAAGUGCCUGCAGAAAUUUCGUGGAUUCGGUAUCACCUGGAUCGGGAAAUGAAUCUGUUUCGUAUUUUUGUUUUUAAACAUGAUUGGAAUCACUGCUCAUAAACGUGUGAUUUUUUUUUAAAAGACCAAAACUGUUCCGAGGGAUGUACCCACUGUGCCUUUUUAAUAAUUUGAUACUGUACUAGAACGACACACAAAACGAAUUAACGUAAACACUUCCACAUCAUACUGUGGAAUAGGUCCUCUGAUUUAAAACUUCGGACAUUCUGUGAUUUGUGUUAAAGUAGGGAGAAAUGAAUUUAGCUGACUAGGGACAAAUGUGUAAACCUAUUUUCCUAUGAAAAAAUUUUAAGUGUCCCAUUUGAAUAAUGUAAUUCUUCAUAGAUUUUUUUUUAAUCUGUGAAGAAAUGGAAACCUAAUUAUUUGUAAUGAAUUAUUUAGACAGAUACUUAGUUCUAAGCCCUGUCUUCUGGGAGUUAUCAAUUUUAAAGAGAACUUUUGUGCAAUUUUAAAUAAAGUUUUUAUAAGUAAUUGAAGGUGACAAUAACACUUUCUGUAUAAAAGUAUAUAUUUUAUGUGAUUUAUUCCUACUAAAUGACGUGCACUAGUGCCUCAUGGUAAAGACUCUUGUACUCAGAGCCUGUAAGUGACUAAAGAACAUCGUGAAUAGCGAUUCUUAGGCCCCCACCUCUACCCUUCACAGUUUAUUUGAAUACUUCAAUUGUGCCUCUCAAUUUUUGUAAUGCAAUAAAAUCAGUAUUUAGAUGGUUUUUAAAUGUAUUCUUUGAAAAUUGUUCCAUGUAAAAUAAAUGUUACUGAAUUCA